AUGUAAAAACAAAAAAGGCCACAAGAAGAUAUUGAACAGCCAAAGCAAAAAUCUAUAUCAGAUUUUUUUGGAAAAAAGGCUAGCGCAAAGAAGGCUGAUGAUGAUUAACUAAAAUAAGUACCAGAUAGCUUUUAUGAAAAAGAUGUUGUGACAUUAGCAUAAGAUUUACUAGGAAAGCUGAUUGUUCAUAAAACAAAAGAUGGGAUAAUUGCAUGCAGGAUAGUAGAAACUGAGGCUUAUAAGGCUCCAGAAGAUAAGGCGUGUCAUGCGUAUAAAAAUAAAAAAACUGAAAAGACAAGCUCAUUUUGGCUUCCAGGAGGUCAUGUAUAUAUGUUUACAAUUUAUAAUAAUACUUGGUGCUUUAAUGUUGUUGCAGCCACAGCUGAAGAACCAGAAGCUGUUCUUGUUAGAGCUGUAGAGCCAAUUAAAGGACUCCAUUUAAUUCAUAGAAAUAGAUCCUCACUGAAAUCAAAUAAAACCGAAGAUUUAGUUAAUGGACCUGGAAAACUUACAUUGGCUAUGGGCAUCACCAAAGAAAGAAAUGGAUUUGAUAUGAGAGGAGAAGGAAAAGAUUUAUUUAUAGCAGAAUCACCUGAAAAUUUAAAAAAGUUUGAAAUAAUUGCAAGCAAAAGAAUAAAUAUAGAUUAUGCAGAAGAGUGGAUAGAUAAAUAUUGGAGGUUUACAAUCAAAGAUAAUAAAUUUGUUAGUGUUCCCUUGUAAUUUUGA